CCUCCGUAGCGCCGGCCGGCCGGCCUGACUGGCUGCUCGGGCUCUGACAUCACAUGGUGGCCAGCUGUUGAUUUGGCGCUGUCUCCAAGGCUGGCCGGCUUGAUGGGUUGUGGCAGGUAGACUUGUGCUUGCGCAGCGUCGUCCCCUCCCUCUUUGCGAUAACCGUCAUCCCCUCCCCUCUCGCUCUCCUUUUUAGACCCCCCUCUUCCCACCUCGCACUCUCACUCUUCCGAGCGCGUGUGCAGGAGGCAGCAGCCAGAGGAGCGAGCUGGGAGGCGACUCCAGCCUCCUCUUCAGCAAAUAGUGCCUCCUGUCCACCAUGGAAACUAAAGAGCCGAGUAGCAGAAGGGAUGGAGGGUAGAGCUGCCGGGCAGGUCAGCGAGGGUCAUGUGGGUGUCGGAGGCCCCGGUUGCCGUGCAGAGCAGCUGAAGCGGACAUGGAAAAUAAGUCUCCGGCGGCAUCGGUAGGCUUGGCCCUGUCAACUUCACCAGCCACCUCCUCCUUUGCCACUACCUUCUCAACUGGCUACGCACCAAGUGCUCUGUCUUCGCCAACAUCUUCCUCAAAAAUUUGCAAUGAGAAUGUCUGAUAAAGCUGACACUGAAACAAUGAAGGUUUCCGAGGCUGACGACACCGCGUCAAAUCGAAAGGACAACGCCAUUCAGUCCGAGGUGUCUGAGAAGGGCGACAAAGACGAUCCUGGCAGCAUCAAUACAAAGGAACCCAAGCCAGUGAAGACAUGUAAGUCUAACACCAGGCUAAGGCUUGUUCGCAGCCUGGCAAUAUGUGAGGAGUCCUUCCCUUGUCCAAUUCUUGAGCCGUCAGCCGCACCUCAGGAUGAAUUCCUUCUUGGAGUGUUGGAAAAGGAAGAUGGAGCUACACAGGAACAGGCUGAGAAAGAAGUGUGCUGCGACAAGGCAAACAAAGCUGACAAAAACCAGAGAAAAGUGUUGUCCAGAGAUUCCAGUCAGGACUACACCGACUCCACUGGCAUAGAUCUCCAUGAGUUUUUAGUCAACACAUUAAAAAGCAACCCCAGGGACCGAAUUAUGCUGCUCAAGCUUGAACAAGACAUCUUGGACUUCAUUGGCAACAACGAAAGCCAGAAAAGAAUAUUCCCGCCUAUGACGUCCUAUCACAGGAUGCUGUUGCACCGCGUGGCCGCCUACUUCGGGAUGGACCACAACGUGGACCUGACCGGAAAGUCUGUUGUCAUCAACAAAACCACCAGCACAAGAAUACCCGAUCAGAAAUUCUCCGAGCACAUCAAGGAUGACAGGGCGGACGAUUUCCAGAAACGCUACAUUCUCAAACGAGACAACUCCAGCUUUGAUCGCGACGACAGCACGAUUCGGAUGCGUUUGAAAGCAGACAAGAAAAGCAAAUCGAUGGAGGAGAGGGAGGAGGAGUACCAACGAGCCAGAGAAAGGAUAUUUGCACAUGAUGGUGAUGAUCACUUCAUCCUGGAUAGAAUCUCUCAGGAUGAAGACGCAUGUAUGCGCACCCAGCACAGGCGGCAAAUGUUCAGGUCACGGGCCGGCCGCUCGGCUGCCAGCUGGCAAAGCAGCUCCGAGACGGACACGCUGCCGCGACAGAGCGAGCCCCGACCGUGGAGCAGCACUGACAGCUCGGACAGCUCCAACCGCCUGGCCCCGCGACCUGCCAUCACCAAGGCCAGCAGCUUCAGCGGCAUAUCCCGCAUUCUGGCGCGAGGGGACAGCAGCGCCAGCAGCAAGAGCACUGGGAGGCUUUCCAAAACAGGAUCAGAAUCUUGCAGUAGCGUCGGUUCUUCGUGCAGUUCGCUGUCUCGUCCCCACCGGCCUUUCACGGUGCCAGCCUCUUUGCGGCCCAAAAUGCCCUUAGUCCACCAGACUGCGGAUACUAAAGGCUCGGCACACAACCCUAACAUGAUCAGGAGCGCCCCGCCCUCUGCUGACGCCACAAAUUAUUAUGUGUUGUCGUUGGAGGCCUCAGGGAUACCACCUGGCAGCGUUCUGGUCAAUCCACACACAGGCAAGCCUUUCAUUCAUCCAAGCGGCAGUGGCAUCGCUUAUAAUAUGGCCAGUGUGGCACCCCCUGCUGGUAGGGGCCCACAUCAAGGGAAGGCGGCGGCGGUGGCGGCACAUCAGCUAACCUCGGUUGCAAGCCAGCAGCAGCCACCUAAUCACCUUCACUCUCAGCCGUCCUCUGAACCUGUUCAUAACCCGACGGUCUCCUACAGUCUUCCUCCUCCUCAGUUCCUGCCCGUCUGUCCAAACCAACAGUACACUGUGCCUGACUCCCUCAACGCCCAAUUUAGUCAUAUGACCGUGGCGCAGCAGUCGUCCAGCAGUAGUGGCGCGCCAGCCGUUGAUGCCCGCCACUAUGCAGCUGUGUACCACCACCCCCACGCCCCGCUGGUACUGCAGGGAGCGCCCUCACAGCAGGUUGCCAACUACAUGGUCGCAGGACCCUCGGGGGGCCACCCAGGGAUGCUCCAAGGCCAGCAUGUCCCGCUUCCUGGCCUUAGCCACGCAUAUGCCAGCAGCAUGCCCGGUCAUGCUGCUUUCCCCGCAUCCAGUCUGAACCAGCAACACACCAGUGUGCUCCAGCAGCACACCUACUUUCACCAACCUGUUCAGCAGAUGCCCACGUGCUACUGCUCUUCCACCCACCACCCUCAGUGUUCCAACCAGCAACAGAACUACCGUCCGCCUGUAAACCAUCUGGCCUACAACGGCCCUCACAGCCAAAACCUGCCACCACAGCAAGUGCACCAGCCUGUGAUGUCGAGCCCUGUGUCCAGUUACCAGACCGUAGUGGGUGUGCAGCCAACACCCAACUUCACCAUCACUGCUGCCCAGCAAAGCAAUAUUGGCAGUCAGAUGCAAGGGAUGAUGGUGCAGUACUCCCCAGUGCAGUCGUAUCAGCAGGUGUCCGUGCCACAUCAGACGCACCAGCAGCCAAUGUUGGUGUCGUGCCAGCCAGGACAGGGCGCCGUGGCGGUCGCUGGCAUGCAGCCCUGCUACGGCCUCCUCCCUCCUCCAAACCAGCACACCACCAUGAGUUCCACUGUGAGUUUCCUCCCCUCUCCAAUGAUGGAGCAGCUCCAGUUUCCUCAGAACUCAUCCUCCAGUGUUGCCCAGCAGAACCAAGGCCAGCAGUACACAGCAGGGUUGUUGCCCCCACCCCCCGGCAGCGGCAUGAUGAUGUUGCAAAUAGCAGCGCCCCCCUGCCAGCAGAAGCAGCCCAGCUACAAACACCUGGGCCUGGAGCACCAGCGCGGCCACCGACCGACGGAACGCCCGCCGCCUCCUGACAACACGCAGAGCAGCCUGUCCUCGUCCCCGACGCUCUCACCCUCGCCGGGCCAGUCGCCCAACGUCAAGGGCCUCCCAACGGGCAUCCCGUCCAUCCCCGUCAUGGCCCACCAGCACCACCCGCAGCUUCCUGCAGCCUUCUGCCACAGUGGACAAGGUGAAGCCCAUUACUCACUAUUAGGUCAGCCGCUGCAGUACAAACACGCCAUCAGACCUCCACUGGUCCACACGGCGCACCUGGUGACGAAACAUCAGGGUCCAAUGGGGGUUUGGCGUAGCGGUCACGGAAGGAAGGCUGGCAGAAGAUCUUUACCCGCAGACCACAGCGUAGGUGAAGCAGGUAAUACCAACACACCAGGUCGACUCCUACUUAUUAGCAUGUUGAAAAAUGCAGACGUCCCUCGUUUAUUAAUGGGUCCCGAACAUCCAUCCAUCCAUCUAUCUUCUUCCGCUUAUCCGAGGUCGGGUCGCGGGGGCAGCAGCCUAAGCAGGGAAGCCCAGACUUCCCUCUCCCCAGCCACUUCGUCCAGCUCCUCCCGGGGGAUCCCGAGGCGUUCCCAGGCCAGCCGGGAGACAUCGUCUUCCCAACGUGUCCUGGGUCUUCCCCGUGGCCUCCUACCGGUCGGACGUGCCCUAAACACCUCCCGAGGGAGGCGAUCGGGUGGCAUCCUGACCAGAUGCCCGAACCACCUCAUCUGGCUCCUCUCGAUGUGGAGGAGCAGCGGCUUUACUUUGAGCUCCCCCCGGAUGACAGAGCUUCUCACCCUAUCUCUAAGGGAGAGCCCUGCCACCCGGCGGAGGAAACUCAUUUCGGCCGCUUGUACCCGUGAUCUUGUCCUUUCGGUCAUAACCCAAAGCUCAUGACCAUAGGUGAGGAUGGGAACGUAGAUCGACCGGUAAAUUGAGAGCUUUGCCUUCCGGCUCAGCUCCUUCUUCACCACAACGGAUCGAUACAGCGUCCGCAUUACUGAAGACGCCGCACCGAUCCGCCUGUCGAUCUCACGAUCCACUCUUCCCUCACUCGUGAACAAGACUCUGAGGUACUUGAACUCCUCCACUUGACCGCGAUAAAAUAAUUUCAACAAAGUAAAAAAACGGUCACCCUUUAGUCACUGUUACUCUUUUGAUCCAAUGUAGUAAUGCUGCUUGGAGGAUGAGCCAAUCAGUGGCUAUGAUACUGCUAAGUGGGUUGGUCUCAUCUAUUGGCCAACACUACUACAGUAUUGAGAUUUUUAGUUCAUUUAGACAUUUUUAUGCUUGAAAAUGCUUAAUUUAGGAGCAAAAAAUUGUAGAAUAAUGCUGUGAAAUAAAACUCUUAAAAUAUCCCCAUAAAAACUGCAAUGUGUUGAAACCGCAAUAUUUCAAGCGGGACGUGGCUAGGGACGACUGUACAUUAAAGGUGUUUAAUCAAGCUAAUAACAGAAAAUAGAGCAACUCCAACACAAUCCCAGCUUUAAAAUACUUAAGAUAGACAUUUACCAAGCAAUUGAGAAGACAUAUAAAUACAAGACUAAAAGGAAGGAAACCCCAAAAUGAGCAAAGGCAACAGUAUCAGUAAUUACAAUAAUAAUAUUAUCAAUAAUAGUUGUUUGCUGUAUUUAAACUAAAAAUAAAUUCUUGAAAAAAAAGGCAAUUUUUCUUUUUUUUCUUUUGUACUUUUUUCAUUUAAAUGAUUAAUCAGUUUAGAAUUGGACUAAAUAUAAAUCGCGAUUUAGCUGUAAAUCAGUUUUUUGGAGCUACCCUAAUAAUAAUAGUAAUAAUAAUAAUAAUAAUAAUAAUAGUUUGUUUUAAUAAAAACAAUUGAUUCCUUAAAAAAUCUACAAAUAAAAUGGGAAAAAAAUUACUUAAAAAAAUAAUAAAAAUCAAUUCUCAAAUUAUGAAUUGUUUUAGAAUUAAAACAAAUUUGUUGAUUUGAAUCAAUUUUUUGGAGUACCUAUAAUAACAAUAAUAGUUGUCUAAUGUUUUUAAUCCAAAAACUGAUUUUUGAAAUAAAAUGUUUGUUUUAAAAAUUACUUUUUAAAAAAAACAUGAAUUCUCAAAACUUAUGAAUUGAUUUAAAAUUUAAACAAAUGAAAAUCGCGAUUUGGAUGUGAAUAAAUUUUUUGGAGCUACUCUAAUAAUAAUAAUAAUAAUAAUAAUAAUAAUAAUAAUAAUAGUUCAAUGUUUUAAUGAAAACAAUUUAUUCUUAAAAAAAUGUAUAAAUAAAAAAAUUUUUUAAAUGACUUUAAAAAAAAAAAAUUGUUUUUCAAAUUAUGCGAUUUGGAUUUGAAUCCAUUUUUGGCGUACCCAUAAUAACAUUAAUAGUUGGUAAAUUUUUUUUUAUCUAAAAAUUUAUUUUUUUCAAUAAAAUGUUUGUUUUACUUGGAAAAAAAAACAUGGAUUCUGAAAAGUUAUGAAUUGAUUUAAAAUUGAAACAAAUGAAAAUUGUGAUUUUGAUGUGAAUCCUUUUUUUGGUGCACCCCUAAUAUUAUCAAUAAUUGUUUAAUGUUUUCAAUCUAAAAUUGAUUCUUGAACUAAAAUGUUUGUUUGAAAAAUUACUUUUGGAAAAAAAAACAUGGAUUCUCAAAAAUGAUGAACUGAUUUAAAAUUGAAAUAAACAAAAAUCGUGAUUUGUGUGAAUAUUUUUUUGGGUGUACACAUAAUAAUAUUAAUAAUUGGUGUUUAAUAUUUUUAAUGUAAAAACUGAUUCUUGAAAUUAAAUUGUUUGAAAAAAUGAAAACAUGGAUUCUCAAAACUUAUGAAUUGAUUUAAAAUUGAAACAAAUGAAAAUCGUGAUUUGGAUGGGAAUCAAUUUUUUGGAGCUUCCCUAAUAAUAAUAAUAAUAAUAAUAGUUUAAUGUUUUAAUCAAAACAAUCAAUUCUUUUUUUUUUUUUAUAAAUGAAAUAGAAAAAAAAAAUUACUUUAAAAAAAAAAAAAAAAAAAAUUUAAUUGUUUUUUCAAAUUAUGAAUUGAUUUAGACUUGAAGCUGGGCUCCAGCAUCCCCCACGACCCCGAAAGGGACAAGCGGUAUCAAAUGGAUGGAUGGAUAAACAAAAAUCGUGAUUUGGAUUUGAAUCCAUUUUUGGGAGUACCCAUAAUAACAAUAAUUGUUUGUUUUUAACCUAAAAAACUGAUUCUUGAAAUAAAAUGUUUGUUUUAAAAAUUACUUUAAAAAAAAAACAAAAAAACAUGGAUUCUCAAAACUUAUCAAUUGAUUUAAAAUUGAAACAAAUGAAAAUCGCGAUCUGGAUGUGGAUCCAUUUUUUGGUGAACCCCUAAUAAUAUCAAUAAUUGUUGUUUAAUGUUUGUAAUGUAAAAACUGAUUAUUGAACUAAAAUGUUUGUUUGAAAAAUUACUUUAAAAAAAAUAAAAAAAACAUGGAUUCUCAAAAAUGAUGAACUGAUUUAAAAUUGAAAUAAACAAAAAUCGCGAUUUGGAUGUGAAUACAUUUUUUGGAGCUACCCUAAUAAUAAUAAUAAUAAUAAUAAUAAUGUUUUAAUCAAAACAAUUGAAUCUUCAAAAAUGUAUAAAUAAAAUAGAAAAAAAAUUAUUAAAAAAAAAAAAGUUUUUCAAAUUAUGAAUUGAUUUAGAAUUGAAGUAAACAAAAUUUUUUGGGUACCCAUAAUAACAUUAAUAAUAGUUGUUAAAUGUUUUUAAUGUAAAAACUGAUUCUUGAAAUAAAAUGUUUGUUUGAAAAAUGUCUUUAGAAAAAACAUGGAUUCUCAAAACUAAUGAAUUGAUUUAAAAUCGAAACAAAUGAAAAUAAUGUAAACAAAAUGUUUGUUUGAAAAAUGACUUUAAAAAAUAUAUAUAUUGGAUUGCAUAAAAUGAUGCAUGGCUCUAUAAAGUUAAAUAAUGUAUUUGAUCAACUUAACUGUGAUGUCAAAUAGUGUGAGAAUGAUUUUAAAAAAGGGUGGUUGGCAGAAUAAAAGCACAUUCCGCACCUGGCAGUGGAACCAGCAACCCCUUGGGUCUGCGCUGAAUGACUUUGUGCUGACGGUCUCAAACAAGGUGUCAUAUUUUUUGCACUGGCCGACACAUUAGGCGCACUCUGCAGGUGUGCUCGUCAACAAUAUGGCAGGCCACCAUUUGCACGCUUUUCGCCGACGUUAUCAAAUAUUGCUGUUGUCGGCGUUUCGCACGUAUGAUGCUGACGGCGGCAGUUUGCCGACGCCUCCCCCGACACACGUCUGCUUCUUCCUCUCUACCCGUGACACUUGUCUUAUUUCCUGGCGACGUGUGUCAGCAGUGAGCGGUCGGAUCUUGAAAGUGAUGGAUCCUUGACCUGGCCCGACCCUCCAAGACCUGACACUACAUCAACGCCGCAGACGCUUCCGCUUUUUUUUUUUUUUUUUUUUUUUUUUUUUUUUUUUUUUUUUUUUUUUUUUUUUUGCCACAGCAGAACUUGUACCAGACUCCACAAAAAAAGGAGCUGUGGGACAAAACCAGCUGCUAGGUUUUGGUGCGCCAGUGGAAGCGCCGAGUGAACCUCCAACCUCUGCUGCCUCGGUCUGGACUGUUUCACAUCCCAGACUGACCACUUCACCAAAUCAGUAUCUUAGUUUGAAGAGUCAACCUUCUCUUGUUGUACUUUCCUUUACCUCUCCACCCGGCUGACAGGUCUCUGCAGGGUGGAAACUCAACACUGUGGGCUUUUGUUUUGUUGUUUUUUUACCUUUUUGCUGAAAUAUUAGCAAGUUUAUUAAUUAGUGUGACAGUCGAGCUAAGUUUUCAUUCAUGCCCAAACAAUAAAUAUGACUGAAUAUAUAUAUAUAUAUAUAUAUAUAUAUAUAUAUAUAUAUAUAUAUAUAUAUAUAUAUAAUUUACAGUACGAAUGAAGCGAUGAGCAAGAUCUGGCAGACCCUGGAUUUAGUUUUAUUGGUACUCUUUUACCAUGUUUGCACUCUAUCAGGCCAUUUUUGUUGAAUUGAAUUCAAAAGUUCAUGUGCAUAUGAAAAAUGCAAGCGAGUUUGUUACUCAAUUUUCUUUGGAAUUUCUGACGUGUGACAGUUGUUUGAGGUUUGAACUAAUAAACGUUUUCACUACA